GCCACAGACUUGUACAGACACACACACACACACACACAUACAUACGUACAUACAUACGCGGACAACUUUUGCGUCCUUGCGCAAGUUUUGUUUCUUUCCUCCGUGGACUCCCAGGAAGCGAGGCGGAGUAUAGGAGUGCGGACCGCGAGGUUCCAACAGGAGGACGCGGAGACACGAGGUAUCUCUCGCGCAUUCGCUCGUGUGUUUCCGGCAUUCCCUCCGCGUGCACACGUACGAGCCGGCUCGGACUGCGCUCCCCGGAUCCUCCGGUUCUCCUUCUCCGUGUGUGGCUUGAUGAGCCUCUGGGUUCAGGAGGACUUUUUACCACGGUGUGUUUGUUCUCCUCCUUCUCAUCCUCUCCCGUUCCGUCGCGCGCUCCCCAGUCCGACAUGGAAGAUGGGCCGCCUUCGACCAGCUGCUUCAGAAGGCUCGCGGACUGUUUUCUCGGCUCAAGUCUGACGGAUGAGAAAGUGAAGGCGUACCUUUCCCUGCACCCGCAGAUGCUGGACGAGUUUGUGCUGGAGAGCGUGAGCGCGGAGACGGUGGACAGAUGGCUGAAGCGCAAGAGUAGCAGCCCUCCUACAGAUGAACCUUCGACUAAAGAAGUAAGCAGGGUAAGUGAGUACCAGGACACUAAUAUGCAGGGCGUGGUUUAUGAGCUGAACAGCUACAUGGAGCAGCGGCUGGACACGGGCGGAGACAACAAAAUCCUGCUGUACGAAUUGUGCAACAUCAUCAAAACAGCCACAAAAGCUGAUGGUUUUGCACUAUACUUCCUUGGAGAAUGCAACAAUACCCUGUGUUUAUUCACGCCAACAGGGGCAAAGGAGGGGCUUCCAGGGCUCAUCCCCUCCGGGCCCAUUGCAUUCGGUACCACCAUAGCUGCUCAUGUUGCCAAGACACGCAAGACACUACUUGUAGAAGACAUCAUGGGGGAUGAGCGGUUCCCCCAUGGCACAGGGCAGGACUCAGGGAUCCAUGUUCACUCUGUUCUGUGUCUCCCCAUCCUCACGGCCAUCGGAGACCUGAUCGCUGUGCUGGAGCUGCACCGCCACCUGGGCCGAGAGCCUUUCAACCUCAGCCACCAGGAGGUUGCCACUGCAAAUUUGGCUUGGGCUUCUGUAGCUAUUCACCAAGUGCAGGUCUGCAGAGGUUUAGCGAAGCAGACGGAGCUCAACGACUUCCUUCUAGAUGUGUCAAAAACGUACUUCGACAACAUUGUGGCAAUAGAUUCUCUACUUGAACAUAUUAUGAUAUAUGCAAAAAACCUGGUGAACGCGGACAGAUGCGCACUCUUCCAGGUCGAUCACAAUAACAAAGAGCUAUACUCUGACCUCUUUGAUAUCGGGGAGGAGAACGAAGGGAAGCCGGUGUUUAAGAAAACUAAAGAAAUCAGGUUUUCUAUCGAGAAGGGUAUAGCAGGUCAGGUGGCACGAACAGGAGAGGUAUUGAAUAUCCCAGAUGCCUAUGCAGACCCACGGUUCAACAGAGAAGUGGACCUGUACACCGGCUACACGACGCGGAACAUCCUGUGCAUGCCCAUCGUCAGCCGGGGGACUGUAAUAGGCGUCGUACAGAUGGUGAACAAGCUGAACGGAAGUGCCUUCACUAAAACUGAUGAAAACAACUUUAAGAUGUUCGCUGUCUUCUGUGCUCUGGCCUUACACUGUGCAAAUAUGUACCACCGGAUCAGACAUUCGGAGUGCAUAUACAGGGUGACUAUGGAGAAACUUUCAUAUCACAGCAUCUGCACCUCUGAGGAGUGGAAGACCCUCACACAGCUCUCCCUUCCCACCCCCAUAUACAAAGAGAUUGAACUGUUCCACUUUGACAUUAACCCCUAUGAGGAACUCUGGCCUGCAGUCUUCGUCUACAUGAUUCACAGUUCAUGCGGGAAAAACAGCUUCGAGUUGGAGAAGUUGUGUCGCUUCACCAUGUCUGUGCGAAAGAAUUACCGACGGGUUCCGUACCACAACUGGAAGCACGCUGUGACCGUGGCCCACUGCAUGUACGUCAUUCUCCAGAAAACAUCUGGAAUCUUCACUGAACUGGAGAAAAAAGGUCUACUUAUAGCCUGCUUGUGUCAUGACCUGGACCACCGAGGCUACAGCAACAGCUACCUGCAGAAGUUUGACCACCCGCUGGCGGCGCUGUACUCCACUUCCACCAUGGAACAGCAUCAUUUCUCGCAGACGGUGUCGAUCCUGCAGCUGGAAGGGCACAAUAUUUUCUCCAACCUGACUUCCAGCGAGUACGAGCAGGUGCUAGAGAUCAUCCGCAAGGCCAUCAUCGCCACUGACCUGGCACUCUACUUUGGCAACCGCAAGCAGCUUGCUGAUCUAAUGAGCACAGGCACGCUUGACCUGAACAACCACGCCCACAGGGAUCGUGUAAUUGGCCUGAUGAUGACUGCAUGUGAUCUCUGCUCUGUAACCAAACUGUGGCCCGUCACUCGCCUCACAGCCAAUGAUAUCUAUGCAGAGUUCUGGGCUGAAGGGGAUGAAAUGAAGAAGAUAGGAAUGCAGCCCAUUCCGAUGAUGGACAGGGAUAAGAGGGAUGAGGUUCCACAGGGACAGGUGGGUUUCUACAACGCAGUGGCCAUUCCCUGUUACACCACGCUGUCUGAGAUGUUCCCUCCAUCUGCUCCUCUUCUUAGAGCCUGCAGGGAAAACCUGGGCCAGUGGGAGCGGAUAGUUCAAGGGGAAGAGCCGUGCGCGUGGACUCCAUGUGAGGAAUCAGAGCAGAGUGGGCCUGUUAAAGUCGACAACUGACUCAGCCUGGGACCUUCCCCCUUGAACACGUCACCAUCCAUACCCUGCCAGAGACACUGCACUUCCUUUAGGACAGUCCCACUUUCUCUGGAGAUGAGAUGAGAUGGGAGGGAGCAGAGAGGCCAGGCAGGAAAGGUGAUAUUCACCAAGCAACUGAAGGACGAAUCUAAAAAAGACAAAGCAAAACAAGCGUUACCUCAGUGGGUGACAGAGGCUAUAGACCCUAAUUAUAAUGGCUCUCCCAGGAUGCAGGAUUCGAUCGCCUCAAAUCCGCUCUGUGGGAGACCACCUGCGGUCUAAAUGGACUUCUUUAGCUUUGAGUUUUCCUUGGAUGUUUUUUUUUUUUAUGUUUUGUUUUGAGGUGAAAUCUAUUCUUUGUUUUUCAAAUGGUUUCUUUUGUGGUCUUAUAUUUAAAGAGGCCUUAAAAUCUGAACCUGCAGUUACUACUAACUGACUUGUAACUGGAGAGGGUUCAGGUCAUCUGAAAUGGUACUUUAAUUCCUGCUGUGAUCAAAACCUACUUGGGAGUUUGACCGUGAGGGUAGGGAAGGCGUAAAGGUGCAUGAGGCCAGGCCGAGCAUAGUGGCAGUCUCGUGGACGUGUUCUGUUCAUUUGUGCAAAGAUGUUUUGCAGUACUUGAAUGAAGAAAUACAACCUAUUCUGUGCGAGGGAGGGGGUGGACAAACAAACCCUGCAGUGUGUCUGUCUGAACUAACUUGGCUGUCGUGACGAAAGAAGCCGGAUCAUUCUGAACCUUGCUGUAGUCACACGAGAGUCACAAUGUUCCUCUCUCAAAUCUAUGACCAUUCAACCUGAUGUACAAAAUUAGCUUUUGAUCCUGUUGUCCUAAAAAUGCUGAACCUUGGGCAGUCCGUUCAUUUUUAAGGCAAACGGUAAUAGACGUUCUUUGCGGUGCGUCGUGACGCUGUAGUAGCAGGCACACAAAAGUAAAAGGAAACCAUAAAUUCUUUUAUGUUAACUGUAAUAUUUAAUUAGUAAAUAUAGACUUCCAAAAUGUCCAUUGCACUUUCUAAAAUAGGGCUGUUUAGUGUUCAUUUUAUAUUAUUGUCAUAUAAAGACUUAUGCACAAGAUGAGUUCUAACUUAUACGUGUCUCAUUAGUGCUUAGUGCGUUCGGUGAAUUUGGGGAAAGUCAUACUACUGUAAUACGUAGGACGGGAAAGAAAACAACCACUAAGACAAAUGCAGUCUGGCUUGCUACCAUUUGUGCCCAAUUCCUUGUUCUUUUUCCCUAAAAGCAAAACAUGGCACUCAUUGUUCCGAGACAUUCCAUGAACUUAAUAUUAUAAGCUUCUAAUCACAAUUAAAAAAUAAAUAGGAGACAGACUUACAGUAUAAACAAACUUAUAAUACUAAUAUCAUGAUAAACACAGUGACAUAAAAGAUUAAUAGAAAUGUCCAAAACAUCUUAAAGCAAUAAGUUAAUAUUCUAUUGAACCAGUAUGAAACAUGAAUUAAAACAUGGAUGAUAGAUAUGGACAGUGCUGAGUAAUAAAACUCUUAAACCAUUACAAGCUCCAAAUAUCUCGCGUCAUAAUGAUUUCUACAACAAACCAAAUGCAAAUCCAUUUUGUGUAUGAAGAUGAUAAACACUGUGUUAAACACUGUGCUCUUAAUUUUUUUAAAAUACAUUUGUGUGCGCAAUCUCGCACUUAGGCUACGUUUGCAAACAUGGCCAAAGAUAAAUUGGAAUAAGGAAUAAGCUGUAACACAGAUAGUGAGUCCUCUGAUUAAAUUGUUUAUUAUAAAAAUAGUUCAGUUUCAUGCAUGGUUUGAUUUGGCUUGUGUAUCUCUUUUCACCCUGUAAUUCACUGGGACAGGGCCAGAGCUCAGAAUGCCUUAGUGUAAAUCCUGCAGAACUGAGUGAAUGUAGUCAUGUAUCUCUCGCGCUUUUUUUUUUUUUUUUUUUUUUUCUGGGAGUAUCAAAAGAGUACACUGUUGGAUGUGUUCAGUAAGUAUAGCUUCCAUCUUCCAUGGAAGUGUAUGUCUGCACUUCUUUUUUCCCCCCCAUAUAUUUGGCACAUGUGAAAUGCGUGGGUUUUUUUUUUGCUUGUUUUUUUUUUUCAGAGACGUAAGCUACACAUUUUAUGGUGCUACCUUAGGUCUUAGGCAGCCAUGCACUUUCGGAUAAUGAGGAUGUGUGUGUGUGGAUGUGUGCGCGUGUGUGCCAUAACCCCUUACAACUUUGAGUCCUCAAAGAAACUGAUUUAAGAGGAACUUCACAGCAUUCUCCACCUCAGUGACUGAGCUCAUCCACAGCCUGUUUUUCUCCCUUCACAUGCACUAUGUUUAGAGACUAUCAUCAUUGUAUUAUUAUUAUUAUUAUUAUUAUUACAAAUACCAUUAUGUUGUCCUUAACUAUGAUGUUUCCCAUUAUAUUGCUAUCAUUACUGCAACUAUCAAUGAUUAUUAGCAUUGUUAUUUUCUUAAUUAGAAUUAAAUUUUAAAUUAACUUAUAUUUUUUAUACAAAAAAGUUUUUUUGUUUUGUACAGAGCAAAGUUGUGCAUCAUGAAGUGAAUGGUCAUGUAGACCCACUGUUGCCCAAGAAAAAUGAGGAAUGUCUUGACUGUAAAUACAAGAGCAGUAAUUUUAUUAAAUAUUUCUGGAAAAAAGUGUUAUAUUCACAUUUUCAUUUUCUUGAUUUCUGGAAGUUUUACAGAGCAGUUGUGUGCAUGCUGUUUCAUGCGGGUGAACACUAGCAUUAUUCCAUGUUUGGGGAUCUGUAAUUUUUUGCACCCACUAAUCAUCUGGGUUAGCCUUUUUAGAAAUUUUCAGUAGCAGUAUGUGGGGGAGGGUUGUGUAACGUAACCUUAAGAACUGCACUUGUAUAAAAUACUCAGAGCUAAAUUGCUAGUUUAAAUU